CUGCAAGAAGUAGAUGCUCUCGAUCAUUCUUGGUUUGGUGGGCUCAAAUUUUUUUCUUUCCUUUUCUGGAGUGGCACUGAAUCCCUAGAGGCUGGCUCCAUGCCGGUGCUCAGCUAUAAGUAUCCUGCCUUGUUCACUCACUCUCGUCGAGUAGAGAAAAACUAAGAGCAACAACAGCUCAAGCUCAUCAGUGCUCGAUCAGUAGCCUUGUUCAGUGGUUCUUUGUGUAGAGGGAAGAGAGAUCGAGAGAGGCGGAGAUCGAUGGCGGGGAAUCUGGGACAGCUGCUGACGAGGCUGCACCUGGCGAGGAGCCGGGCGUCGUCGCCGUCGGCGGCGGCGGACGUGCCGAGGGGCCACCUGGCGGUGUACGUCGGCGAGGGGCGGAAGCGGCUGGUGAUCCCGACGGCGUGCCUGAGCCACCCGGCGUUCGUGGCGCUGCUGAAGAGGGUGGAGGACGAGUUCGGCUUCGACCACCGCUGCGGCGGCCUCACCAUCCCCUGCGCCUCCGAGGGCGACUUCGCCGACAUCGUCGGCGGCGUGGACGGGCGCCGCUGACGACGACGACGAUCGCCGGCUUCUAGAACAGUUUUGUUUUUUCUUUUCUGUUGAGGUUAUUUGUUCUUCCUGCCUUACUGGGAUGAAGUAAGACUACUGUACUAGAGAUUGGGUCUGCGGCGGUCUGCUUCGAACAUGUAAAGAUCAUGCUAGCCACGCCAUGGUGUUUGUG